UUUGCCUAUCAUGGUGAAAAUAAUUUUAAUUUUUGUUGGUUUUGAUAAAAUAUGAUUUAUUUCGGCCAAAAAUGGCAUUGAAAGGUAUCAAAGUAUUAGAAUUUGCUGGAUUGGCACCUGGCCCAUAUUGUGGAAUGAUAUUGUCCGAUUUUGGUGCAAUAGUUACAAGAGUGGAUCGAAUAAUUGAAAAUCCAAUUGAUUGUUUGGGCAAAGGUAAACGAACGAUUGCAAUUGACAUAAAGAAUGAAAAAGGCCAAGAACUUGUGCGUGCAUUAAGUAAAACAUCCGAUGUACUUAUUGAACCAUAUAGACCCGGAGUAAUGGAAAAACUGAAUCUUGGUCCGGAUAUUUUACUGAAAGAAAAUCCUCGAUUGAUUUACGCUCGGCUGACUGGAUUUGGACAAACGGGACCAUUAGCAAAACGAGCUGGCCAUGACAUAAAUUAUGUUGCAAUGUCUGGAGUCUUAUCAAUGUUGGGAAAGUCAAAUGAGCCACCAACGGCACCAAUUAAUUUAUUAGCUGAUUUUGCUGGCGGGGGUUUAUUAUGUGCAUUUGGGAUAUUGGCUGCACUUUUGGAGCGUCAUCAUUCUGGAAAGGGACAAAUAGUCGACUGUUCAAUGACAGAAGGUGCAGCAUAUGUUGCCAGUUGGUUGACACGUUCCCGUGAAUUACCCAUUUGGAGUGCAGGAAGAGGAAAAAAUAUUCUGGACGGUGGUGCCUUUUACUAUGGCACAUACGAAACGAGUGACGGAAAAUAUAUGUCGGUCGGUGCAUUGGAACCACAAUUUUAUAGCGAAUUUAUGCGCAUCUUAAAACUGGAUUUUGAUCAAUUUGAUUCAAACACAGACCGUUGCAGAGAUGAAAUUCAGCGAAUUUUCAAAACAAAAACACAAAACGAAUGGAGCAAAUUAUUUGAGAAUGUUGAUGCGUGCGUUUUUCCAGUGCUUGAUUGGCAGAAUGCUGAUCAGCACCCACACAAUAUUGCUCGACAAUCAUUUGUACCAAAAGAACUUACGGAUGGAAGUGUUGUUACACCAACACCAGCUCCAUUACUAUCACGCACACCAGCUGUUUCAAGUUCAAAAUGUGAUUCGGAAGACUAUAUUAAACAAUUGGACGAAAUAUUUAAAGAUGCUGGAUUAAGCACGGACGAUAUUAGGAAAUAUCAUACAGAAGGUGCUCUGGUUUUACCAAACAAUUCAAAGCUUUAGCAUUUUGAGUUUUUUUUUUCAACUCAAUUUUACAUACGUUGUGAUGGUUUUUUUAUAUUUUAAGAGGGUUCACCAAUUAUACAAAAAUGUUGUUUA